AUGCCCUCCCUGUGGAAAGAAAUCCUUCUGGAGACCCUCCUGGGCUACAUUUCCUGGUCUCUCUUCCAUGCCCUGGGACCCAUGAUCUACUACUUCCCUCUGCAAACACUAGAACUCACUGGACUAGAAGGUUUUUGUAUAGUCUUCCUUUCUCCGAUAUUCCUAACCAUUCCUCCUGUCUGGAAAUUGGCUAAUAAGAAAUGGAUGUUAACCCUGUUGCGGAUAAUUACUGUUGGCAGCAUAGCCUCCUUCCAGGCUCCAAAUGCCAGACUCCGACUGAUGGUCCUCUCCCUUGGUGUCUUUUCCUCGCUUCUAGUGCAAUCCGUGACUUGGUGGUCAGGAAGUGGCCUACAAAGGUACCUCAGGAUCUGGGGAUUCAUUUUAGGGCAGUUUCUUCUCCUCAUUCUCCGCAUCUGGUGCACUUCUCUAAACCCGAUCUGGAAUUAUGAGACAUCCAACAGAGUGAUUCUGACACUAAGUGCCAUCGCUACCCUGGAUCGUAUUUGCACAGAUGGUGACUACAGUCAACCUGAGGGUAAGAAGAAUGGUGGGACAGCCAAAGAGGCGGCCGCCAGACCUAGCUGGCUGUUAACAGGAGCUGCCUUUGGUAGCCUUGUGUUUCUCACCCAGUGGAUAUUUGGAGAGGUCUCUCUUGUUUCCAGAUGGGCAGUGAGUGGGCAUCCACAUCCAGGACCAGAUCCUAACCCAUUUGGAGGUGCAAUUCUGGUGGGCUUGGCGAGUGGCCUGAUGCUCUCAGUUUGUUCUUGGUUUCCUGCUUCUGGUUUAAUCUGGUGGGCUACAGGAGCGGCUUCCGCCGCAGGGCUCCUUUACCUGCCCACGUGGUCAGCGGCCAUUUCUGGGUGCAUGCUUGCCAUCUUCACAGCCUCCCUGUGGCCUCAAGUACUGGGACACCUGAUUUCCUCAGAGACACGCCCUGGGAAAGCCAUGACUGUCGCCAUGACAUUUUAUCUUCUUGAAAUAUUUUUCUGCUCUUGGUGCACAGCUUUUAAGUUUGUCCCAGGAGGCGUCUAUGCUAGAGAAAGAUCUGAUUUCCUUUUGGGGACAAUGAUGCUAAUUAUUGGGCUGAAUAUGCUACUUGGUCCUAAGAAAAACCUUGACUUUCUUCUUCAGACAAAAAAUAGUCCUAAAAUACUUUUCCAAAAGAGUGACAAAUACAUGAAACUGUUAUUGUGGCUGUUUGUUGGUGUGGGAUUAUUGGGAUUAGGACUACGGCAACAAGCCUAUCAAAGAAAAUUGGGCAAAGAGGCACCAGCAAAAGAGGUCUCUGUCGCCAUCUGGCCUUUCAGGUUUGGAUAUGACAAUGAUGGAUGGUCUAAUCUAGAAAGAUCCGCUCAACUGCUCAAUCACACAGGUGCAGACUUCAUAACGAUUUUGGAGAGCGAUGCUUCUAAGCCCUUCAUAGGGAACAAUGACUUAACCAUGUGGCUAGGGGAGAAGUUGGGUUUCUAUACUGACUUUGGUCCCAGCACGAGGGAUCACACUUGGGGGAUUAUGGUUUUGUCAAGAUACCCAAUUGUGAAGUCGGAGCACCACCUGCUUCCGUCACCAGAGGGCGAGAUUGCACCAGCCAUAACCCUGACUGUGAACAUCACUGGCAAGCUCCUGGAUUUUGUUGUGACACACUUUGGGAAUUAUGAGGAUUUAAAAUGGUUUUCAUUAAAUAUAAUAGUAAAAUUCAGGGAUGGCAAAAGCCAGGACAUCGACAGCACGGAUUAUGACAGAUGGUGCGAAUACAUUAUGUAUCGGGGGCUGAUCAGGUUAGGAUAUGCACGAAUCUCCCAUGCUGAUCUGAGUGACUCUGAAAUUCAGGUUGCCAAAUUUAAGAUCCCAGAUGAUCCCAUUAAUUAUAGAGACAAUCAUAAAGUGGUCAUCAACCACCGAGAAGUUCCUGAGGAAAUUCAUUUCAAUCCCAGAUUUGGAUCCUACAAAGAAGGCCACAAUUCUGAGAAUAACCAUCACUUUCAUAUGAGUACUCCCAAAUACUUUUUAUGA